AUGCGACCGGACAGCGAGUACAUCGCAAAUCCGCGAAAUCUGCGUAGUCAAAGCUCCGCAAGUGAUCUGGUCUCUACAUCUGGACGGUCUUUCAUGGGCGGACAGCUACCUCAAGCGAACCCACCGCCCGCCUACAUUGCGCAAAGUGCUGCCGAACACCUCACGUCGACCGAACUAGACCGACCAGUCAUCGUAUCUGAGAAUGCUCUUGAGCUCGUCAAUGGCUUCCUUGACCAGGUCCUGUAUAACAUGCUGUCUCUGUCAAAGUCGACAAACUUGGACGCUCUUCGACAGACUGUUCCCCGAUUGCUAAGGCCUCGUUUGGGACAAGCUGCCAUUUCUGCCGCGGAGGAGGAGCUGCGGGACUACAUUGAAGGCGAAGAUGCAGACAAUAUUCAGCAGCCGCCGAAACUGGUGAAGCCGAGUGAUUUCGAUCUGGAGCUAGCAUGGAAAUUGGCUCGUUUGCGCUGCAUGGUUUACGCUCGGCUUGGCGACAUGGAGGACGAGGAUGAGGAGGAGUUUCUGGAAUCCGAGAGACUUGAGGAACAUGCGCAUGGGUCGCCCAUGUCUGUUGUUCCAAUGUCAGCCAUCUUUCUCACCUCAGUUCUGGAGUUUCUGGGAGAGCAAGCCCUAUGUAACGCCGCUCAACAUUCAGAGAGACGCCACAACUUUGAAAUCAGCAAAACACCGGUUGAAGGCCAGCAGUUGUCCUUCGGAGAUGACGAGCUGGUUGUAGAGCAGGCCGAUAUGCUCCAGCUUGGACGUGAAGGCCCCCUCUCGCGUCUGUGGCGCACUUGGAGGCGGGAGUCUCGCUCAUCUGACUCCUUCUCGAUUAGGCCUAUCACUCCAGGUUCCGUAAAGUCUCCAGCAUUUAACGAGACGUCCCAUAGUCGAAAGCCCAGCCAUGCUGCCUCGCCAACGCAUGCCAUUCCGGAAGAAGACUCGCCCAAAUCCGAGCCAUUGACGCCUGCGCAGAUCCCAAUUCCCAUACCCGAUACCGAUGUUGAUGAAAUCGAGGUGCCUGGCUACGCGCGUGACAGGGCAGAUGUCGUUGCUGGCAGAGCCAAUCAACGCCCAGCUAUGGGACCACAGCGACCAUCAAGUCUGUUGAUCAUGCCUGGACAGUUCCCGGGUUCAGCAGGACCAUCUAGCCCAGAAGUCCCGACUCGAAGCCCAUUGCGGCCCUAUGUCACUCGCCAGAGAUCGCACUCCCUGCCAGGUUUCCCAGAUGGCGAUCAAGGCUAUCAGCCUUGGCCUCGCAAUGGCUGGACCCCUUCAACAGCACCGCAGAAGGAGCAAUUGUCUGACCAGGUUAAUAGUCACGACGAGGAAGGAUCGCGCGAACUACGAACCAAGCCAAGCAAUGAACAGGUCUCGCGACCGAACACCCGAGGAGGCUCACGGCCAAAUGCCAUCAACGGUGCAGCUGUGGCUGCGAUUGCUGGCGCUCUUGGUGUCGAAGCUGCACGGUCGCGCAAAGAACGUGAGCAGAAGGAAGUCGCAAGGCCCGAAACGCCUCGUAAGCGAACGGUGGCCGAAGAGAUCAUGGGUACUUCUCGAAGCGUCGCACCUCCGCAAGGCGUCGAUACAAGAGCAUCGAUCACCGGACCAAGCGAUUUCGAGACUCUCAACGUACCUCAUGAAGUGCAAGAAGAUCUUGAUGGUGAUCCGGAGGAUUUGGCACUAAGCUCGGGAGACGAGAGGAAUGUCGCACGGAGCCAUGCGCGUCGCUCUGUCGGUUCACACGCCAGUCCUGUAGUUCCAACCUCACCUACCAGCCCUCGCCGUAAUCGGGAGGCAAGAGUGAUGGGGAACUCGAUUGUUUCAUCACCACGUGACGAACCGGCCGAAUUUGGCGAGGAACUGGUAUAUGACAACGAACGACCUCGAACGCAGGAGUCAGUCACAUUCGAGCCAUCCGCUUUUGCGCAAGCAUCCGAAGCUCAACAAAGCGCGAGGAGCUCAGGAGCCUCUGAUCUUCCACUUCAGAGGCCUGAGGAAUUCGAAGAUAGCACGCCUGUGCUUCCAAAUGGUGCAUGGACCACUUCAAUUCCUCCCCGCAUGUCUUCACGAGAGCAGCCACGGCCUGGUCAUGGAACCUCCGGCUCAACCUCACAGUACUCCAAUCACUCUAAGCACUCCUCAUCGAGCAGCAAGAUAUUUGGGCCAGGCGGGCAGCCAUUGAAAGAUCAGCGGGCAGAUUUUGGCGACUUUUCUCCCCAUUCUCGUUCUGCAAGCGCAAGUACACAAAGAGUCAUUCCGGGCCAGAUCGUGGGUGCAAGUCCAAAGCAGAAUCUGGCCGCCCGUCGUGAGCAUGUACGUGUGAGAGCCGAUUCGGAGGACGAUGCAGCCAAGACUAGGAAUCUUGAGGUUCUGAUCAAGAGUGACGAAACUCUGCAUUACACUCUGACCCCAGAAUCAGCGCGAGCUGAAGAGUUCCCUGCAUCCGCCACCAGCAGGCCCAAGACCGAAACUCAAGAUCUUGCCGACUUCUUUCGUAAUACUGCACCGCCGGGCGAGAAGCCAGUCUCAGGCCAUAAUCGCAGUGCUAAGCAAUCCUUCAAUGGGCUGCGGUCGAAUCCACCUGAACAUAACACACAAACAGGGGGAUCUGACACCAUGAGAUCUCAGCAGGGUCCGCCAGCCGAAUUGUCCGCUAUGCCGAGCUCACCUCGCAGAGUUGUGUCUGUCCAACCGCGCGAUCCGCGUCCUGAGCGCAACACCACAAGAGAUCUGGCUGACUAUGUGCGCUCAACUGGACCUACGGACGACACGCAGCUUCCACAGGCACUCGCACCUCAGUCAGAGGACACCGCCAAAGAAGCAACGCUCACUCCCGCCCCAGGAUACGUUCCCCGAAACACUAAUAUCGACCGAGCUCAGGUUCCCCGUGGAGCGAACAGGUUGAAGUUCCAGGCGAGAGAUGCUCGUCCACAGCCAGGAUCCGAGACGGCCGACCUCAUUGACUUCAUCCGACAAGGCCCACCUCGUGCAGUUGGUGAUCAUCGAAUCGACCGUAAGGUGGCACCAUUCCGCACUACAAUGGACUCCGACGACUUGCAAGCACUGGCACCACCAAGUGAGCUUCCCGGACGAGAUUCGGUGGGCAGCAACCAUGAGAGUACAGCUACCAAGUCUAUGCAAGAGUCAACAAAUUCGCGCACCGCCUUGCUCGACUCGAGCCGUCACAACAACACCAGAACUACUGCGCCACCCAUCAAUCACGAUGUUAAGCGUCAAGUCAUCCCAGAACAGGAUGGAAUGCCUACCAGAACGCGACGCAGAGUCAAGGAUCCGUAUGCUAUCGACGUCAGUGAUGAUGAGGAAUUUGAACAAGAAGUAGCACAGGCCAAGCCACGUCGGGAGGAAGAGUCUCUCAUCGACUUCCUCAGGAACACUGCUCCUCCACCAGGAAUGUCAGCUCAGCCUAUCGUAGUGACUGGAGCCCGUCCGCAACAGCAGGCCGACCUCAAGCGUUCCGCUAGCAACUCGAAGCUACGAGAUGUCCUGAUGCGCAACGGCUCUUCAAAAAAUACGAUUCCUGCACGCAGCAAUGGCGCGCGCGACGAGCCACCCCGUCCACAGGCCAGGAGUACUCCUCGGCAAGACACCUCAGGGGAAAGAGCCAAACCAAGAUACCAAGCUCGCGAAGCUAAAACCUCUGCCACCUCCACAUCUGAUCUCGCAGACUACUUGAUGAAUAGCGGACCAGCAGAUUCUACGCACUCUCUGGCAAGCGCAACAGGAAAUUCUCGGGUCGUUCGAUCUGAUGUCAAGGAGCAGGCUGGCUUUAUGAAGUUCUUUUCGCGGAAGGCCUCCUUGCGGAGAUAA